AUGUCCAGCAAUAAUCAAUCAGCGGAUGGUGCCCACGAAAACCCUUAUGGCUAUGUUCCCUCUCGAGCGACUGCAGUCAUCUUUAUCUUGCUCUUUGCAACCUCCACUCUCUUGCAUGCCUUCCAAGCAACGAAACAUCGCCUGUGGUGGUUCUUCUGGACUGCCUGCUUUUGUGGAAUUAUUGAGCUUGUAGGAUGGUCUGGGCGGCUUUGGUCUUCUUUCAAUCCUCUCAAUGGUUCUGCAUUUCAGAUGCAAAUUACUUGUACAAUCAUCGCACCCACACCCCUAUUGGCUGCAAAUUUUGUGAUUCUCGGGAACGUUAUUAAGAGGCUGGGCCCAGCAUUUAGCCGUCUCACUCCAAGGCGUUACACAAUCUUCUUUACAUCUAGUGAUGUUAUUUCACUUGUUGUCCAGGCUCUUGGAGGAGGAAUAGCUGCUUCCUCUAACGAUAACGCUGGUUCUAAGCUGGGAUCGAAUAUCAUGCUCGUCGGGAUAAUCUUCCAGCUAGUCAUCAUCUUGGUGUAUUCUGCAUUUUCCAUCGAGUUCUAUUAUCGAUACAAUACAAACCGUCCCUUCGAAGGCCGGCCCACAUCGGACGGGAUCCUGGGCAGUGCCCAAGGGAGACUCACCCCAAACAUAAAGCUCAUGUCCUAUGUCCUUGCAUUCAGCACUGUUCUGUUUUUCAUACGCUCAAUCUAUCGUAUCGCCGAGUUGGCAGAUGGAUGGGAUGGAAGGAUCAUCCAAACUCAAGUCUAUUUCAAUGUCCUAGAUGGUGCCAUGAUCAUUUUGGCCAUCUAUACUCUCAACAUAUUCCACCCCGGCAGACUUCUCUAUUCAUACGAAGAGACGAAGGAAGCAGAGUUGAGACAUAUCAACAGUGCUUGA